AUGCGGUUCCUCACGAUGCAGCGACCCUUGCUGGCUGCUGCAAUCAGCUGCAUCGUUCGACCGACCGUCAACAACAAGACAGCUCCCCGAACGGUGCAGCUGGCCAAUGCCGCUGUUGCCUUGGGACGACGACAUGCCUCUGUCAAGGCGCAGGGAGCAUACAAGAAGAAGAGCAAGAGAGGCAUUCCCAAGAAGUUAGGUGCCAAGCGAACCGGAGAUCAAUACGUGAUCCCCGGCAACAUCAUCUACAAACAGCGGGGAACGCACUGGUGGCCCGGCGAGAACUGCAUCAUGGGAAGAGACCACACCAUCCACUCCAUGGCGACAGGCUACGUCAAGUACUACCGCGACCCUGCGCGCCACCCCGACCGCAAAUACAUUGGCGUCGUGUUCGACAAGGCCGACACGCUGCCCUAUCCGCAGCACGCGGAACGAAAGCGCCGCCUCAACAUGACUGCGUUUCCUAUAGCCCCAGCUGCCGAGAAGCCCGCUCUCUCACCGUCGGGCAUUCCCUUUCAGGUCAGGCGAGUUGAGCCGGGUGAGCCGGUCAGGAUCCUCAAAUUGCAGCCUGAUUACAGCUACCGCGAGGAAAACUGGCGCAUUGGCCGGCUGGUGAAGACGACAGGGUUGCGGACAAAGAAGUUCAGGACGCGGAAGCAGUGGUUUAGAAACAGGAGGUGGCGACGCGAGAGAGAGCUGGAGGGCCAGCGUAAGGCGGAGACGGCUCGGGCGGAGGGCGGCGAGGUCAAGGCCGUCAAGGCGAUUAGUAAAAAGGCGGCCAAGAAGGCAGCCAAGAAGGCGGCCAAGAAUAGCAAAUAG